GAUUCGCGUGCUGCAACGUUCCAUGCCUUUGAGCAGUUCGGUAAUCAACUUCUCAACAACAAUCAUUAUGCUAGCGAGGACAUCGCGAAGCGUUUGAACGAUGUCAAUGCAGCUCGUCAAGGACUCGAAGAUGCCUGGGUGGCUCGUCGCAAUAUUCUCGACCAGUGUCUUGAACUGCAGCUCUUCUACAGAGACUGUGAACAGGCUGACACUUGGAUGUCUGCUAGGGAGAACUUCUUGGCCCAGGAAGACCCAACUGGUGACAACGUCGAGUCGCUGAUUAAGAAGCAUGAAGAUUUCGACAAGGCGAUCAACAGUCAGCAGGAGAAGAUUCGCUGGAUUGCAGAUAGCCUCCAAUUCGCCAAUCAGCUCAUCAACAGCAAUCAUUACGACAAAGAUGCCGUGGCUCGUAAGCGCGACAUGAUUCUGGAUAGAUGGGAGCGUCUGAAGUCUGCUCUCAUUGAAAAGCGAAGCAAGCUGGGAGAAAGCCAGACGUUGCAGCAGUUCAGUCGUGAUGCGGAUGAGAUUGAGAACUGGAUUGCAGAGAAGUUCCAAGUUGCCCAAGAAGAGAACUACCGCGAUCCAACGAAUAUCCAGCAGAAACACCAAAAACAACAGGCAUUCGAAGCCGAAUUGGCUGCCAAUGCUGAUCGAAUUGCCACUCUUAUCACUGCUGGCCAGAAUCUCAUUGAUGGUGCUAAAUGCGCUGGAGGCGAGGAUGCCGUCAGCGCUCCUGAUGCAUCUGAAACCAAGUGGAGCUUCCUCGUGAAGACUACUCACGAAAAUGAGUACAUUUCAAAUGAAUGUGAACUCCAACUCAAAGAGGCUAAUAAGCAGAAAAGCUUCAUGGCUGCAGUCAAGGAUUUGGAGUUCUGGCUUGGUGAGGUAGAAAUUCUUCUGCAGUCUGAUGACUAUGGAAAGGAUCUGGCAUCUAUCGAAAAUCUCCUGAAGAAGCAUCAGCUUCUAGAAGCAGACAUUAUUGCCCACCAGGAUCGUGUCCAGGAGAUGAAUCAGCAAGCGGAUUCUCUUCUUGAAAGAGAUCAGUUCGCUGGUCAGCAGAUCGCCGAGCGCCGCAAGGUAAUCGCUGAUCGCUAUGAACGUGUGAAAGAGAUGGCAAAUGAUCGCCGUGACAAGCUCAACAAAGCCCUGAAUGUGCACCAGUUCUUCCGUGACAUCGAUGAUGAGGAGUCAUGGAUCAAGGAAAAGAAGCUUCUUGUCUCAUCGGACGACUAUGGUCGUGAUCUUCCUGGAGUACAAAAUCUUCGUCGUAAGCAUCGUCGCCUUGAUACCGAAUUGGCGAGCCACGAACCUCUGGUUUCCCAAGUUCGUCUGAAGGGUGAAGAACUUUUACGCUCGUCAGGAAUCGGUGGAGAUGAGAUUCAGAAGAGAAUGGCAGAUUUGGAGCGCAGCUGGGGACAGAUUCGUGACCUCACUGGUAGCCGCCAUCAGAAGCUGAGCGAGUCUGAAGAAUUCCAAGAGUUCUUGGGCAAGAUUGAAGAAGAGGAAGCAUGGAUGAACGAGAAGCAACAGAUUCUUGGUUCGGAUAACUAUGGCGAUAAUAUGGCCGGUGUGCAAGGUCUUCUCAAGAAGCACGACACAUUUGAAGUGGACCUUCAACUACACAAGCAACGAGUUGAUGAUCUGAUUCGCCAAGGCAAACAG